GAAAACCGUUAGGAAAGCCGUUGACUUCAGUUGCCGGAAGUGUGCCCACGUGGGUGCGUGUGGUGUGAGCGGGGAGAGGAACUUAUUUGAAUUAACGCGCUUGUAAUGUCGCCAAACGUUGUUUAAAGUGUAGAUUUACUUCAAGUGAUAGUGCUUUAACGAUAGACUUCAGAUUUUAUUUGUAGUUUGCUCAACAUGCGUAUUUAAAUAACGAGGCGCCCUGCACUCAGCGAAAUUUUGAAGUAGGACAAGAUAGCAACGCCCCAUGGAGACGGAGUGUCGGUCGGCGCGAGGCGUGCUCGCCAUGUCGCACUGGACGGCCAUGGUGGAGGGCGGCCCGGUGCGCGUCAACCACGCCGCCGUCGUCAUCGAGGACACGAUCCUGUCGUUCGGCGGCUAUUGCGCGGCUGAGUUCGACCCGCACAACCCCGACAAGGCAAUGGACAUCCACGCCUUCUCCACCGAGACCCUGCAGUGGACCAAACAGCCGGUGCCCGAGUACCGUGCCGACCACCCGUCCAGCCCUCCGUUCCUGCGCUACGGUCACACGGCCACCGAGUACGCCGGCGCCGCGUACAUCUUCGGCGGACGGAACGAGGCGUCCGUCUGCAACCGGCUCUACCGCUACGACCCCUACGUUGACAAGUGGAGUCGGAUCGCGCACGGCGGCAUGAUCCCCAACGCGCGCGACGGUCACGCGGCCACGCGCCACGGCCACUGUCUGUACGUGCACGGCGGCUACGACAACGACAUGGAGGAGUUCUCGCGCGACCUGUUCCGAUACGACUUUCGCGAAGGCGUGUGGCACGCGUGCGCGCUCUGCGACCGCUGGGAGGGCAUGCACCGCGACUUCCACGCUCUGUCCACGGUCGGCGACAAGCUGUACCUGUUUGGCGGCAAGUCGGAUGAGCUGGAGCCCUACUACAGCAACCGGCCGGUGUACGACAACCACCUGUACGUGUACGACCCGGCAGCCGAGCGCUGGGACCGCCGCGAGGCCAAGGGCGAGGCGCCCGGCGGCCGGCGCAGUCACUCGGCCUUCGUGAUUGACGGUAAGCUGUACACGUUCGGCGGCCUCAACUGUCUGGCCGGCGAGCACUACAACACGGUGCACCGCUACGAUCCGGCGCAGAACCGGUGGCGCCUGCUGCGGCCGCACGGCCGGCCGCCGCCCGUCCGCCGGCGCGCCGUCGCCUGCGUGCACAACGGCAAGGCCUACAUCUUCGGCGGCACCAGCCCGCUGAUUGGCUCUCCGAUGCCGGCCAAGUCGCCGGCCGAGGAGGAGGACGAGCCGCCGCUGGUCGAUCACAGCGACCUGCACGUGCUGGAGAUCUGCCCGCCACUGCGUACGCUGGCCAUGAACCAAGUGAUGAGGAGUAAGGUGCCCAUCCGACCUCUGCCGCUGGCUAUCCGGAGGGAAGUAGACCACCUGCGCCGCUCGCAGUCCAUCUUUGUGCGGCAGCGGUACGGCGCUCAGCGGCCGCCGCUGUCCGACCGCCACCAGUAGGAUCCGCGGCGGGUAGCCUGGAGCGCCGACCGCCCGACCGCCACCAGUAGGCACCGCGGCGGGUAGCCUGGAGCGCCGACCGCCCGACCGCCACCAGUAGACUGCGGCACCCGAGCCGGAGUGACGUCCGACAGCGCUCAGCCUGGAGUGCAGCGGCGCCCGGCCAGGGGCCGAACUCUGUGGCGCUCCGUGGCGCCGCCGGGGGAGUUGGACACACAGAGAUCGUCCCACACGGAUCGGCCGCCGGAUCUGGAUCUGUUACCCCGUGGUGCGCAGGAUCUGGAUCUGCUGUCCGGCGGUGCGCAGGAUCUGCUGUCCGGCGGUGCGCAGGAUCGGCCGGCGGCCUUGGUAAGCAGCUGAUGCCAUUCAGCACCGGCACAGCGAACUAAAGCAGAACGCACCACUUGCCUUACACAAUCUAAUCGAGCCUCGGCCCAUCAAACGCUCAGUAGCUAGAUAAUGUUGUGAAUGUUUUAGGGAAUAUGUACAUGUGAAUUGUUGAUAAUGCUCAUAUUAUAUUAUGUUUCAAUGGAUGACACCUUUGUUUCCCUCGAUGCGUAUUGCGUAUUUAAGCAGAAAUAUCGGCAGCCGAGGCACCGGGGCGUGGUGCAGCGCGGGCGCUCCCCGGUCGCCGCGUCCGUCGGACGCCCCCGUUCGUAGCGCUGUUGUGGAAACGCGGUGCGCGCCGCUGUCUUUCCCACUUUGAGCUAUACAUGUAGAGUCCGGCGGGCCGUCAGUGAGGUCUAGCCCCGCGGGCCGUCUGUGGGAGGGGGGGGGGGGGGGCACUGGUAGUCCCAGAACCCUCCGCCAGGUGGCGGGCAGAGGCGCGGCCCCUGCACUAGCUGCCUGCCCUGGCCCCGCUCUGUGGGCCGCGAAACCCCCAAAUAUCUCCCAUUGAGAGGCGGCGGGAUGUGCCAGCGCGCGGCGCGCCGUCUGUCGGCCAGUGCGCGGCGCGCCGACUCUGCCCGCUCUCCUGGCCUUUGCCAGUGGAGCGGCUCGUGCGGAGACUGGCGUUGUGCCGGACUGGUAGGUGGGACCGCCGGGCGUUCUGUCGGCAGACAGCGACUGCGCCGGCCCGGGGCCGUCCAGUCGCCCGGCUGGCCGGACCCGCGUCCGCCGCCCCCUGGCCACCGUGCACACCGCGUCUGCCGCCCGGCUGCAGGAGCGUGGCGGCGCUACUGGAGCACUCCCAGUCGCCCUGCGGCGCCGUGCAGGCGUGCGUGCCGUCCUGUCGACUGUGAGCGCGCAGCCGCGCUCCUUUCAGGUAGUCUGUGGCUUUAACGGCGAGGGCGUCUGGGAAGGACCUGGGCUCUGUCGGAGUUGUGUGUGUGUCUGUUGGAGCGGUGAGUGCCCGCUGCACCCGGCGUGAACGUGUUGAGAUGGCGGCCGGCGCAGGUGGCCGGUGGCCGGGCGCCCGGGCGCCGCGCCGCUGUACUGUCGGACCGGCGCGCGGCCAGUGUCGGCUGUCGGCGCUGUAAUAUAGGGGCGCCCGGCCGGCUGGGCGCGCUCUGUGAAUGUGUGCGGGUGUUCUCUGUCACUGACUGGGCACGGACCGUGUGAUAAUACACAAUACGACUUUCUCAGA